GUUUCGUUAGUUAGUCGCUCGCAAUAGGUGCGAUUGCAAAGAUGUUCUUGUCGGGAUAUUGGCUACAGGUGGUGCUCUCCUGGGCGGUGGUGGCCUUCGUCAGUUCCACCGUCGGGGAUGUGCAGAAUAAAAUCGAAAUAUUCGAGGAGUCGAACGGAGCGAAUGGCCAGCGAGUGAAGCGGGAAGAUAGUAUUGAUUAUCGCCUGCCAACGGCUCUGGUGCCCGUGCACUACGAGGUCUACUGGCAUCCGGAUUUGGAAACGGGCAACUUCACUGGCCAGGAAACGAUUAGAAUCACGGUGGUCGAGCCCACCAACCAGAUCAUUCUGCACUCUUACCUUCUGGAGAUCACGAGUGUCUAUGUCCUGAACUACGAGGUGGAGAGUUUCGUGCUUGAGACGGACCGCCAGUUUCUGAUCAUCACGCUGACCACGGAGUUGCCGGUAGAUGCCAGCAUCACCCUGGGCAUCAUAUUCAAUGGUAGGAUGAAGGACAAGCUUGUGGGUCUCUACAGCAGCACCUAUCAAAAUGAGGCCGGAGCGCAGAGAACCAUUUCCACUUCGCAAUUCGAGCCCGUCUAUGCCCGCCAGGCUUUCCCCUGCUUCGAUGAGCCCGCAAUGAAGGCCACCUUUGCCAUAACUGUGGUGCAUCCCAGUGGCUCAUACUAUGCCGUCUCCAAUAUGAAACAAACCGAUUCCAACUACUUGGGCGAAAAUACCGAGGCAAUCUUCGAGAGCACCGUGUCGAUGAGCACCUACCUGGUGUGCGUCAUCGUGUCCGACUUUGCCUCUCAGGAAACCACGGUCAAGGCCAAUGGCAUUGGUGAGGACUUCUCCAUGCAGGCCUAUGCCACAUCCCAUCAGAUUGAAAAGGUGGAGUUUGCCCUGGAGUUCGGAGCAGCGGUCACAGAGUACUAUAUCCAGUACUACAAGGUGGCCUAUCCCCUGACCAAGCUGGACAUGGCCGCCAUUCCCGACUUCUCUUCGAAUGCCAUGGAGCACUGGGGACUGGUCACCUAUCGAGAGACCGCUCUGCUCUAUGACCCCAACUACAGCUCCACCUUUAACAAGCAAUCGAUUGCCAGCGUCUUGGCCCACGAGAUUGCCCAUCAGUGGUUCGGAAACCUGGUGACCAUGAAGUGGUGGAACGACAUUUGGUUAAACGAGGGCUUCGCCCGCUACAUGCAGUACAAGGGAGUUAACGCAGUGCACCCGGACUGGGGAAUGUUGGAGCAGUUCCAGAUCAUCGCUCAGCAUCCCGUGCUGGUGUACGAUGGCAAGCUCUCUUCGCAUCCCAUUGUGCAGCAGGCAGACACUCCCGACGAGAUCAGUGCCAUCUUUGACACCAUCAGCUAUGAGAAGGGCGGCUCUGUGAUCCGCAUGCUGGAAACUCUUGUGGGAGCCGAGAAGUUCGAGGAGGCGGUGACCAAUUACUUGGUGAAAUAUCAGUUCAAGAACACGGUGACCGAUGAUUUCCUCACCGAAGUGGACGCUGUGGUGCCCGAGUUGGGAGUGAAGAAGCUGAUGCUUACCUGGACCAACCAGAUGGGUUAUCCAGUGUUGAAUGUGUCAAAGACGCCCGCCGGUUUCCAGGUCACCCAGCAGCGAUUCCUCUCCAAUCCAGCUAGCUACGAGGAGAUGCCUGAUGACAGCGAGUUUGGUUAUAAAUGGAGCGUUCCCAUCACCUACACAGCCUCCACCUGGGACGAUGAUACGGUGGGCAGUGUGGUGUUCGAUCAUGAUGUGGACGCCGUGGGCAUUGCCUUAGAUAGCGACAUUGAGUGGAUCAAGUUGAAUGUACAUCAGACGGGCUACUACAGGGUCAACUACGAGGAGAGCCUCUGGACACUGCUCAUCCAGCAGUUGAACACAGAUCCCAGUCGCUUUGCAAUUGCCGAUCGAGCUCACCUCCUGAACGACGCUUUUGCUCUGGCGGAUGCCAGCCAGCUCUCGUACAUUGUGCCGCUGGAGAUGACCGGUUACUUGAGCCAGGAGAAGGACUUUGUGCCCUGGUAUGUGGCGGCCAACAAACUUAUUGCCAUCCACCGCAGUCUCAUGUUCAGCGAGGGAUAUGUAUCCUACCUGACCUACGCCAGGAGUCUGCUGACCAACAUUUACCAGGAAGUGGGCUGGACUGUGGAUGCCAACAAUCACCUGAGAAAUCGCUUGAGGGUCUCGAUCUUGUCUGCCGCCUGUGCCCUUGGCUUGCCCGAUUGCCUGGAGCAGGCCUCCACCCGUUUCAACGCCUUCCUGCAGAACCCAACGACCGCUAGGCCUUCUCCCGAUCUCCGUGAGAUCGUCUAUCAUUACGGCAUACAAGAGUCGAGCAGCCAGACCACCUGGCAGCAGCUGUACGCUCUCUUCUUGGAUGAAACCGACGCCAGUGAGCGUCUCAAGAUGAUGUAUGGUCUGGCCGGCACCCGGGAUGCCCAGCAGCUGUACACCUUCUUGGAUCUGGGCUACGACGAGAAUGUUGUACGCUCACAGGACUACUUCACUCUCAUGCAAAACAUUGCUGCCAAUCCGGUGGGUGAGCCCGUGGUGUGGGAGUACUACCGGGAGAACUGGCCCAAGCUCGCGGCACGCUUCACCCUGACCAACAAGUACUUUGGCCGACUGAUCGCCCAGAUCACUCAGAACUUUGCCGGCACCGUGAAGCUGGAGGAGGUGCAACAGUUCUAUUCCAAGUACCCGGAGGCCGGAGCCGGAGCCAACUCCAGGCUGGAGGCCAUCGAGACGAUCAAGUACAACAUCGAGUGGCUGGCCAGGAACCGCGCUGACAUCAGCGACUGGCUGAGUGGCACGGCCUCACCGCUGCUGACCAAGAAAAACCAAUUGUAAAACCUAUGAAUAUAAGCCAAUUAGGCACCAAUUAUAAUUGCAUAAGCAGCCUGCGAAAUUUCCGCUCGAGCUCACUAAAAUAAAAUUCCCAAUCAAACCAUAA